CGGUGGGCGUGGUCUCGUCCGACGGGAGCCAAUCACGGGGCCGCGAGCGGUUGUCACCAAGGAGGAGGCCGAGGCUUCGUCUGGCGGGAGGCCUCAGCAGGCCUCAGCAGGCCCCUUCGCGGGUCGCCUCAGAGAUGAGCGACGCGGCGGCGGCGUUCGACGGAGGAGGCGGAGCCCUCCACGAGGAGGACGACGAUGUGCACAAGUGCGGGCGCUGCCAGGAGGAGUUCAACAGCCUGGAGGCGUUCAUCCAGCACCGGCUGCAGCAGGCGUGCUCGCGGGCGCCAGCUGGUGCUCCGCUACUGCAGCCCUCCGCCAACGAAGGCAGCGUCGCACCGCCCGCGAGCGGCGACGUUGACGUCGACGGAGCCGGAGACAUCGUCGCCGUGCCGCGGGCGACGCGCAGGAGGGCCCGCGCCUCCCCGCCCGGCGACCUGCGUCCGCCCGACUCGGGGGCCGCCACCGCCCCACCGGGGCUGGGGCCGGCGCCGCUCGGCUCCCUGGCGAGCCCCGGACCCAGGCUGGCCGCGCGCGACGGCGCCCCCUUUGUGUGCAGCCUGUGCCCCAAGCAGUUCAAGACGGCCGUCAUCCUGAAGGCCCACAUGGUGACUCACAGCUCCAGCAAGCAAUUCCGCUGCACCGUCUGCGCCACGCAGUUCCACACCAAGGGCUCGCUGGUCCGGCACGCGCGGCGCCACACCGGCGAGCGUCCGUACGUGUGCAAGGAGUGCGGGCAGGGGUUCCGGGAGUCGGGCGCGCUCAGCCGCCACCUCAAGUCUCUCACGCCGUGCACGGACCGGGCCGUGUACACCGGGGCGCAGGCCAGGGCCGCCUGCCGGCCUGCGCACACCGCAGCCCAGGCCGAGAAAGCCGCGGAGAUGCCGGAGUCCGGCGCCACUGGCACCGAUGCCGCCGUGGGGAGCGCUGGCGACGUGGCGAGCGCUGGCGACACGGAGAGCGCUGGCGCUGUAGCGAGCACUGGCGCCGUGGGUAGCGCUGGCGACACCUACGUCUUGCUGAUAACCCCGGUGGCGCACGGCGAGAAGGGAGACAGCGGCUGUGGCGAUGACAAGGAGGGCAGCUCUUCCAUCGGCCAGGGCGGCUCUGCCGCUGCGGACGCCACGAUUGGUCAGCAUCGUCCAGAGGAGCCCAACCUGAUUGGCCGAGCAAUGAAGAACUCUGGCAUCCAGGAGGCGAGGGCGGCGCCCAGUCUGCCGGGCUCUGCUCGGCCAAUCGAAACGGAAGAUUUGGCCGGAAACGAGGGGGCGGGGCCUCGGGAGGGGGCGGAGCCAGAGGAAGGGGCGGAGCUCGCUCCGGAGGCUCGACCAAUGGAGACGCAGACGCCUGCCGACGUCGUGGGGUCCGCGGAGGAGGAGGUGCGGCAACGGGAAGAGGAGAGCGGCGAUUUGAACUCGGGUGGGGGCGGUGACGGUGCCGGGCGGCUGCCCCGGCACACCGAGCCGUGCCCCUACUGCCACAAGCGCUUCCGCGGGCACCGCUACCUCCAGAUGCACAUCCACGGACACAGAGCGGCCCAGCGCGCCGAGGCCAGCCCCAACGUGUGCACCGUGUGCGGCAAGUCGUUCGUAACGGUGUCCGUGCUGCGCAAGCACCUGGCGGCCCACGGCGGGGAGCGGCGCUACCGCUGCGGCGAGUGCGGCAAGCUGUACAAGUGCGUGGCGCACGUGCGCGACCACAUGCGCGCCCACUCCGAGUCGCGCCCCUUCCCCUGCGCCGCCUGCGGCAAGAACUUCAAGACCAAGCACGCCCUGCAGGUGCACGAGCGCACGCACGGCCAGGUGAAGCCGCACGCGUGCCCCGACUGCCCCGCGCGCUUCCGCGAGCGCGCCUCGCUGGUGCGCCACCGCCGCCAGCACACGGGCGAGCGGCCCUUCCCGUGCCCGCGCUGCUCCCGCUCCUUCGCCGAGCACGGCACCCUCAACCGGCACCUGCGUGCCAAAGGCGGUUGCUCUCUGGGCCCCAGUGCCCCUCCCCAUGGCGCCCCCUGCAGGGCCCCCCCCCUCCCGCUGGGCCCCCCCACGGAGGCGACGGAGGCGACGGAGGGGGGCGACCCGCUGCUGGGCGAGGACCCCACGGCCGUGCUGGUGGAGUUCUCCUCCGUGGUGGCCGACACGCAGGAGUACAUCAUUCACGCAGGGCAGGCGGAGGAGAGGGAGCACAGCCCCAGCUUCAUGCAGAGGAUGGAGGUACCAGCGGAGCUGGUGCAGAUGGUGCAGCACAUCGUGAGGGAGAGCCGGGGCAGCGGCGGGCACCACCGCUUCAUCCUGCACAACGUCGGGGUCGGCGAGGCGGCAGACGCGGGGGGGGAGCCGGGGCCCCCCCCGCCCCCACACGGCCCGGCACCCAACGACGACCCCGACGACCCCCACAACACGGAGGUUGCCAUGGCUAGGGAUGGUGCUGGGACGCCACCGGUUGUGUCCGGUGACGGCGGUGGCACCAUCAUCUUGGUGACCGUGCAGAAUGAGACGGGCGCGGAGGAGCAGCAGGCCAUUGCCAUGACGAUGGACGGCACGGGACUGGAGCAAGUCGCCGCGGUAACCGACCGGACCAUUGAGGAGACGGUCGGCGUUGCCAAGCAGCAGGUCAUCUCCGUGGUGACGGCGGACAGGACCGAAGUCGGCGAAGAGUGCGUCGCCAUGGUGACGGACAGUAUCGGAGAAGAGUGGACGGUUUCUGUGGCGAAGGACGCCGUUGGCGUGGCGACGGUCUCCAUCGGGGGAGAGGAACCGGCGUCGCCGCGGUGAUGGGGAAAGCGGGCGGCGCGACUUCGAUUGGAGGUUGGCCGUGAGUGGGAAUCGAACUCGUGUGGCCGCGUUCCUAGUGCAGUAAGAGGCUCAACGCGGAGAGGCCCCCAGGUAAGGCCCGGACGACACGAAACAGCCCACACACACACACACACAGAGGCUUGGCCAAGCAACCCAUCGGUUUCCUCCAAUCGCACGGGACUUUUAUUUUGACAGGUCGCCCGUCAUCCUCACAUCAUGCAGCCCUCCCCCCCCAGCCCUCCCAACCUCGGGGUGCCAGAGGUGGGUGAGGGGGGGGGGCCGUACCUUCUGUACACGCGCAGAGGAGAGGGGGGGGGGUGCUCUCUGGGACGGGAGAUAUUCAAUAGAUUCUCUAUUUACAGUUUCCCCCCCCACCACCACCACCCUAGGCAUCCUGCACUCAAGCUUGAGCCACGGACUGUUCCAUUCAACAUCACAAGGGGGGGGGGAGAAGCCACAAUCAUAAACCCGCAUGCACCCCGCCCGCCUCAGGGGUGGUACAGGCCAUCUACUGGCUCCAGGAGUUGGGGGGGGGGGUGAAAGGAGGUGGGAGGAGUGUCAGUACAUUGCCAUCUGUGAUCAUAAUGAACUCUUGUUAUAAAAACUUAAAACAUCCUCAAUAAAAAUGUAAAAUUCUAUAUAAAAACAAAAAUUAAAAGGCAGUGGGGGUGAUGAUGCGCGUGCCUCUACACUGAAGGCAGCUACACUGAGAGGACAGUGGUUGUGUUGAUUAAGCCUGGAUGAGUGUUGUGGUGGUUGUGGUGGUUGCAUUAAUUGGGGUCGUGCGUGCAAUGCCAACUCGUGUUGGUGGUUGUGUUGAUUAGGAUCGUGCAGCGCAAGAGUGGGAUGAGUUUUGCGAGUUACAGUGACGGUUGUUGUCACGGAGACGUUGGUCGUGUUACGAAUACGCAAUGGCAGCGUGGAUGAGCGUUGUGAUGGCUGUAAUGCAGAUGGUGGUUUUAUUUAUUAGGAUUGAGCGAUGGUUGUGGUGUAAUGGUGGUGGUGCAGUGGUCGUGUUGGUGGUGCAAUGGCGGUGAUGCGAUGAGUGGUACCGACACGCCCGGUUACAUUCUCUUUACGCCGUUACAACAUCCAGUGUGGGACAACCUCACCAUCACAAAUGCGAGGAGGGGGGGGGAGACAAUCACCCGUACCGUGCACCUACACAAAUCAUCCGCGCCACGCGCUCGUACCGCGAUUACACACCCUGCACACGGCCGCGCAGCUGUACCAGUCACCUGUAGAAACGUACGAGACUAAAACUAAU